GCGUCACGACUCGAGGAACGGCACGGUAGGUUUCUUUCUCUUUUUUGCUCUGUUUCAUGUCGACAGCAACAGGCGCCAGCAACGAUCCUAUGCGCACCGAGGGCGAUGGAGGCGCCGCCGGCUUACUUGCUGCCGAGGCAGACAAUGUUGGGGAGCACGGCGGCUUCCCGUGGAUGCGGGUGUUGGUGCUCGCUAUCCUCACCUUCAACUUCCUGCUGGCCUUGUACCGAUCCACGGACGACCCCGGGAAUGCCGCCUUCGUCGUCGCAUCGUACGCGGACUUGAUCUCGCUCUUCUACUGCCUCCGCCUCUUCGAGAGAACCCCCGAGGCGGCAGUCCAGAUGAGGAAGAACCUCAAGAAGGCGGUGUGGUGCCUCUCAGCUUUGCUCGUAGCCAUGUUCAGCUACCGCGUGGCCGCCGUCAUGCCACCGGCCGUGGCGGUCAUCGUCUGGUGCAUGGCGGGGUUCACUGUCUCCGGCAGCUUCUGCGCACUGUUCGUCUUCGACAGCGAUGGUUACGGCGACACGGAUGGCUGUGAAAAGAAGCACUUGACGGCAUGAUGCGGGCUCUUGAGGUGAAGUCUCGAAACUGACCAUUUACCCUCCAACGAUGGGUGCACCGAAUGAAGAAAAUGAGAAAACUAGUUCAGAUGGUCGCUGCACGUGAGACCUAACUUGGACUCUCAGAGCAGAGCUGAAUAGAACAAAUGAUGUGCUACACGCGGAGGUUAUAUAGACCAGAUGAUGUCUGGACCAGAGAAAUAUGAGUAGACGGGAUCGGGCCUUUUCCUCCUCUUCUCUUCUUCACCAAAUUCUACUCUCUCUCUCUCUCUCUCUAGACAUAACUUCGACUCUCAGAACAGAGCUGAAUAGACCAAAUGAUGUGCCAUACUCGGAGGUUAUAUAGAUCAAAUGAUGCCUGGACCAGAGAAAUAUGAGUAGACGGGAUCGGGCCUUUUCCUCCUCUUUCCCUUCUUCACCAAAGUCUACUCUCUCUCUCUCUCUCAUGUUCAUAACUUCCUAUUUCUUCCUUUUUCCUAUGUUCAGCACUUCCUAUUCUCCCCAUUUCCGCCCAAAAUAUUAGCACUUUUACUAAUAUAUUUAAUGCCAAGGAACGAUUGUGCAGUUUUUUUAUGAA